UUAGAAAAGAGAGAAAGUACGUGAACAGGUGUAUCAAGGAAAACCCUGAUGAGAGGAUGAAUCCAGCCUAUAUAUUCUCUCAUAUACAUUCUAAAAAAUCCCAACUCUAAUUAGAAGCGUUGUUUUAACAGAAAAAAAAAAUGGAGAUAGUUAGAAAAGAAGAAGACGGAGAUGAUGAUGAGGAGGAAGAGCUUAAAACAAUUCUCUUUUAUCAAUUUGAGUAUAUACCAAAUCAAACUCCAAAGAUUUUGGAGCUAAAGAAAAUGGAGAGCAAAUGGACUUGGAUCAAGCAUAGUACCAGAAUGAUGCUUGGGAUGGCAAGGUGGAAGUGGAGUGGCAUAUUCAAUCCGAUGGAGACAUUAUUUCUUUGCAAGAAAUUGACCAGGCAUCGAUCAUUUUCAUCUAUCCAUUCAUCCAUCUGGUUGGUUUGUUGCCCAUAUUGUUCGAGUAAUUUGGUCGGCAUUUUCUUGCACGUCCUUGAAUUGCUCUUCUAGAACCCCAACUUCUAGUUCAUCAGAAGUAGAAAUCUCUCAUUGUUCUCCAUGUUCACUGAGCAUCAUCUGAAACCUUGGCGAGUUGGAAAGCUUAACAUAUUCAAUCCCCAUUUCAAGGAAGAAUUCAGCAACUUCCUUGGACACUGUUGCAUGUGAGUUUCCAGCACCUCCCGUUACCAGCAGACCUCUUGUGUAUGUAUUAACUGCAGAUGCAGUUUUCAUUACUAGCAACUCGCUCAGGAUGUCUAGUUCUUGAGCAAGACUCUUGCCUUUUGCUUCAACAAUUUGCUUCCUGAAUAGUUUCCCUUGCAUUAAGUGGAGCUCCAUUAAACGGAGAUGCAUCCAAGGUCACUAAGCCACCUUGUUGCAAUAUACAUGCUUUGCACUUCUGGUUUCUGUAAUCUAAAGCCACAUCAAUAUAUAUAAUCAUGGAUGCUCAUAGAGAUCAUGCCUCUGCUAGAAGCUGCCAGUUUCAUUUACAGAGAUUAAACUUGCAAACUAAAGAAGAACUA